UAUUUAAGAAAAAAAAAAAGAAAAAAAAAAAGAAGAUAAACCUUCGCAGAAUUAGUAAAAGUCCUUUUCAUUAUUCAACUCUGACAUUGGUUGUCUCUGAUCAUUUUGGUUCCGUGGAUUUUUCCAUCUCUUCGCAUUUUCCCGGAACUGAAAAGCUUCGUAUUGCCCUAAUUUCUUCCAAGAUUCAAUCUUGUCCUUCAAAACCCUAGAUUUAUUCGAACUCAAUGGGGCAACAACAAUCCAAAGGCGAAUUGCUGUAUCAGCAAGUGAAUUAUGGCAACACAGAAGGGAUCAAAGCUCUAUGCAGAGAAGGCGCAAGCCUCGAGUGGGUUGAUAGAGAAGGGAAGACUCCACUGAUCGUGGCGUGUAUGAAUUUACAACUUUAUAAUGUAGCAAAAACUUUGAUAGAAUUGGGUGCAAAUGUGAAUGCUUAUCGGCCAGGUCGUCACGCUGGGACACCUUUACAUCAUGCAGCAAAAAGAGGCCAUGAACAGACUGUCAAGUUACUUCUUUCACAUGGAGCAAACGCAUUACUGAUGAAUGACGACUGUCAAACUCCACUUGAUGUUGCCAGAGUUCAAGGGUACACCAAUGUUGUCCGUGCAAUUGAGAGUCAUAUCUGCUUAUUCUCUGGUUGGCUGCGGGAGCUUUAUGGGCCAGGAUUUCUUGAAGUGCUUGCUCCUCAAUUGCUUUCAAGAAAAGUUUGGGCGGUUGUUUUACCAUGUGGUUCCCGUAAUCUUACAAAGCCUUUUAAGUUGGAGCUCGCUAUAUAUUCUAGUUCACAGGAUGCCCAACCUCGCACUAUUAUUGCACUGUGGAAAGCCAACUUGGAAGAACCAAAGUUUAACCAGCCCGAUCCUGCAGUGAUAACUUGGGAUAAUUCCAGCAUCCCAAGACGCUGGAGACGGAGGCGAGGUGUUUGUUCCUCCCGAGAGGCAAGGUGUAAGCCUCGAGGAGAUAGGCAGACACGCAUUAAACUUCUACCUGAAAAUGAAAGGGACAAACAACUACUGCAGCGAUUUUGCAAUGCAUGUAAAGGAAUUCCACAGGUGGUGCAUCCAACAUAUCCUUUCAACACCCAAGCACCUCUUGUUCCCCCAACUGUCCCGCCAACAGCCCCACACACUGCAGAAGAUGUGGAAUUAGCUAUGGCAAUCAGCGCUUCCCUUCAAUCUGCAAACUCUGGAGUGUCUGCCUCCACCAGUUCCUCUAAUUCUGUGAAUAUCAUCGGUCAAAGUGGUUGGAGUGCCCCCGAAGGACCUGCUCCUUCAAAAGGAAGUAGCAAUGGGUGGGGAAUCCAGGAAAGUGUUCCAAGUGGCAAUUCAACUCAGCAUGUCCAGACCCAGAGUGACAUUUCUGCUGUUGUCCAAACAACACAUGAGGCCUCUACCUCUGCCUCUGCCUCUGCCUCAGUCCCAUCAGCUCCACCUAUUGCAAACAUAGCUGCAGAUGCGGUUUUAGAUAAUGGUCCAGUUCAAUAUCCACCGAUUGAUUCCAGUCCUGUCAAUUUGUCUUACCCGUCUGUUGAGAACUUACCUGCUGGGGCAGAUGAAGUGCAAGAUGGUUGUGUGAUAUGUUUAGAUGCUCCAGUUGAGGGAGCUUGUGUACCAUGUGGCCACAUGGCUGGAUGCAUGUCUUGUUUGAACACAAUCAAAGAGAAGAAAACAGGUUGCCCUGUAUGUCGUGCCAAGAUCAACCAGAUUAUACGACUGUAUGCUGUUUAACUUCUGAAGCAGAAUACGGUGAAGCCUUAUAGGACUCCUGAAGUUUCGUGGUUAUCAUCAUCCGUCGUACAAGUUUGUUGACGUUCAUCACUAUAUAGGCAAUACAAUGCUUCUCCCCAAGAGAGGAAGCACACUGUAAGAUUUACCUGAUGAUCAAACUUGUGGAACUCUGUGUAUGGAUAUGUUGUUAUUUAUUGCAAUUGAACUAGUUUAGAACAUGUCUGGGAUCUGCGUUUAUUGGGGGAAAUAUAUUCUGUAAGUAAAUAUCACAAAUAUUUUCUUCUUUUGUUGUGUAUAAGCCGUGGUGAGUACGCUCAAGAUUGAAAUUUUCAUUUGUGUAACCAAUGAAAUGUCAUAUUCAUAAUUUUUUGGUGGAAA